AUGUCCGAGCUCGGCAUCUCGGCCAGCGCCCUGGGCAACCAUGAACUCGACGCCGGCCUGCCCGAGCUGCUGCGCCAGGCGCGCGGCGAGUGCGCGCCGUCGGGCUGUCUCUGGCCCAACUACAAGGGCCCCGGCUUCCCCUACCUGGGUGCCAAUGUGCUCGAUGCCGCCACCGGCAAGCCGCUGCUACCCACGCACGUGAUGAAGCAGGCCGGCGCGCUCAAGGUGGGCAUCGCCGGUGUGGCGACGCUGGACACCCCCAAGGUCAUCGUCGCGCGCGCCAUCAAGGGCAUCCGAUUCGCCGACGAGGCCGACACGCUCAACGCGCUGGUGCCGCCAACUCAAGGCCGAAGGCGCGCAGGUGCUGGUGGCCGUCAUGCACGAAGGCGGCGUGCAGGGCCUGGGCGCCAGUGCCAACGAUGCGACAUACGCCUGCCCCACGCUGACCGGCCGCGUGCACGACAUCGCCAAGCGGCUGGACCCGGCCUACGCCAUCAUCGUCGGCGGCCACACCCACCAGGCCUACACCUGCAAGAUCGACGGCCGCCUCGUCGUGCAGGCCGGCAGCUACGGCGGCUGGAUCACCGAAAGCCGGCUGAAGUUCGACGCCAGCGGCCGCGUCACCGAGGCCACCGCCGUGAACCACCCGGUGUUGCAGUCGGUCUAUGCGCCCAACGCCGCGCUGGCCGAACUGACGACGGUGCACCUGCGCCAGCGCCUGGGCUGCGAACCGCUGAUCCUGAUGGUCACCAGCCACGACCGCGAGCGCCUGGCGCAGCGCAGCGCCAGCGAGCAGGCGCUGCUGGAUGGCUUCCUGGUCAAGCCGGUGACGGCGUGUCUGCUCAGUCAGGCCGUCACUGCCGCCCAGCAGGCGCGUGCCUGCCCUGGCGCCGUGCAGGAGGCCGCCCCGCAACGCCUGACCGGCCUGAGCCUGCUGCUCGUGGAAGACAACCCCGGCAAUCAGCAGGUCACCCGCGAACUGCUGGAGCUCGAAGGCGCAGCCGUGACGGUCGCGGCCGACGGCCAGCAGGCACUGAGCCUGCUGGCGCAGACUCGCGGCCGGCGCGGUUUCGACGCGGUACUGAUGGACGUGCAGAUGCCCGUGAUGGACGGCACGACGGCCACGCGGCUCAUCCGCCGUCAGCUCGGCCUCACCCUGCCCGUGAUCGCGAUGACCGCGGGGGCGCUGGACACCGAACGCCAAGCCUGCCUGGAGGCCGGCAUGGACGAGCACAUCGGCAAGCCCUUCGACCCGGACCUGCUCGUCGCGGUGCUGCAGCGGCGCUGCGGCACGGAGCCUGCAGCCGAGGAAGGCGUGCAAGCCGGCCGAGCGGGUCGACGACGUAG